GCUUUCCCAUUGACGAGGAGAUAGACCCUGCAGGAGAGAUGAUUGUGCUGAAGACACACUUUACGCCAUUCGUGCUUUCCUCCAUGUCCAAGGACAAAAACCCGUUUGGCUUUUUGAGUAACAGUAACCUGAAGGGGCUGACAUCGUGGACAGAGCCGGUACAGGAACUGGCAUCCUUUGGGGCUGGCCACUUCACCCCCUUCCUGCCACCACCGGCGGCCUACGGUGUGCUGGGGGCAGCGUAUGAGAUCCUCCCCUCCCAACUCAGCACAUUCUCAGGAUCGCUGUCGAGUUAUCGCUACUUCCCCCCUAAAGUGUCCGGCAAGGAAGUGAUCCUCCACCGUCUGCUGGGCCUGUUCCACCCCAGGCCCUUCGUGUACAUGCGCUUCGGUCCGCAGGGUGCCGUGGCAACUGUUAGGGCAGAGAACGAGCGCUGGGUGGACGUGGUGUUCAGGAUCCAUGCAGAGUUCCAGCUGAAUGAGCCGCCGCUGUACCCCUUCUGGUUUACCCCUGCCCAGUUCACCGGUAACAUCAUCCUCACCAGGGACGCGUCACGUGUCAGACACUUUCACCUCUAUGUACCUGCCAACAGGUCCCUCAAUGUGGACAUGGAGUGGAUGCACGGUACCAUGCAAGAGAACAUGGAGGUGGACAUCGGGUACAUCCCGCAGCUUGCACUGACCUCCGUCGCCCCGUCCAUGCCUGUCCUCAUCUACCAGGAGGACGGCUCCUUCAUCGACCAGCGCGAAGCCGAGUUGAGCGAGGAGAGGACCAUUUUUAUGGAGGAGGACCACAAAGACAUCAAGUGGAACACAGAGAUCAGCAUGGAGGAAGCUAUGAAGAGCCUGGAAGUCAAGAUGUACCCAUUUAAAACGGUGCCUUACUACAACUUCACUGAAGCCUUCAGCCGAGCUGAGGCAGAAAACAAACUGGUCCAUUCCAUUCUGCUGUGGGGGGCACUGGAUGACCAGUCCUGCUGAGGAUCGGGGCGGACACUCCGGGAGGGCCCCCUGGAGAGUUCGCCCAUCCUGAAGAUGCUGUCGGACCACUUCGUCAGCACCUGGGUGCUCGUCGCCGAGCUGGAGGACAUCAAGACCAACUCCUCCAUACCCAAACACAAGGAGCUGGCCACGCUGGCCCUGGAUGCUUAUGUGUUUCCGGUAGAAAUGAUGGUGUCACUUCCAAACGGUACUGUUCUUCAUCACCUCAAUGCUAACCAUCUCCUGGAUAUGAGCUCCAGUGAAUCUUAUGAUGUGGCAAGCAACAUGCUGCAGUGGAUGGACCCAGCCUCUGUCACAUACAGCAAGUUCCUGAAGGAGGGAAUGAAGAAGGCUGGGGUGCAGGAGGAAUAAACAGAUGGUAGCCAACGGACUGAGCCUUGCCAUCAGGCCAUGCCAAUUAAUUUUCUUGGUUCUAGGACAUUUUAAAGUGAGGGUGAUAAAACAAUAUAAAAUGGAGGUCUGGGAGGAAAACUGUACUUGUAUUCACUCCCUAAAACUGAAUCAAGGUCCAGAAUUUCCCCUCAGAGUCUGUGUUCAUGCUGAUAUUCCAGUUCAGGAGUAUUUUAUUAUCUAAGAACCAACAAAGUAAAUUGUUGUGGCCUCUUCAACCACCAUUAGUACUUCAUUGAUUCCACUGUUAAGUGUACAUUAGAUUCCAAGAUAUAUUACGAUUGGCUCAUGAACCCCCUUUUUUGUUUUUUCAUGUUGCAAGACACAACUUAAAAGAGGUAGUGGGACUAUAUUUAUUAUCUGCUGUGCAGGAGUGUGUCAUUGAUGAUAUCGUCUUUCCAAAUCUGAGUACUUCUCAGAAUUUCAGAAUCUGCCAAGAAUGUUUAUGCUGAACUAAGGACAUAUCAGGAAAGUGUGAAGGGAGACCGAAAGACAUUUUAUUUUGGUAAUAUUUAUGCAGUAUUACUUGUGCCUUCCACAGUACUUGUCAAUAUUGAUCAUUUUAUACAAUAAGUUUGUUUUCCAACAUCCUGUAGGUAUUUACUGCUAGCUGUGCCUAUUCUAAAGCCUUGUAUAAGCCUUACAGUACCAGGUGCAUUCACUAGAGGGCCCUGUUGAUAUGUGACUGGUGUGUUUAGGCUUGUGCAUUGUAAACUAUGACCCUGUACAUUGUUGGACACCAGCUAUGUCUCGGAUGAUGGCACUGCCGGAAAGUGUUGCCGACACUGGGCAGAGUCGGAUGGAUGGAGGUGUAGUGGUGUCUGCUGUACAGGUCUUCUUCCUCUUCUUAAUACCAUGCAGGAAAGUGACAACCAUUUGGGCAUUUACUGGCAGAUUUUAUCACUUGUAUGUUAAACAUUCGGUAUAUUAGUAGUAGUUAGUUGGUUAUCACAUCCACAAGUCAAGGCCUUUCUCAUAUCUUGACUUGGGUUAGUGCUUGGAACACCAUAAAAAGUUGACAGCUUCUCAGCCUUGUAACUCAAGAAUGUUACAUC